CUCUCACUCGUUUCUGGUUUGUCGUCUUCACAAAACCCUUCCAUAAACCCUAAUCCUCUCUUCCUCCAUCUUUUCAAUCACAAACCAAGCCUUCAAGCUUCACCUUCAGAUUCAGCCCAUUUUUCACCCUAAAAGAAAAGUUGAAUAGUGAAAAUAAAAGAGAGAAAUCCCUUCUGGUUUCGCAUCUUCUUCCCUCAAUUUUCACGAUACUCAGGCGGCGCUCCUUUCCCAAAACUGACCAUCUUUCAGCAUUCCCGCAUCUUCACUGCGGCCGGCAGGUGACGGCGGUUUUCUCUCUCGCUGCCGACGAGAAGAGGAAGAGAGUGGCAAAAGAGUACUUGGAGAAAAUUCGGGAAAUUGCUAGGAGAGAAAAACAGAGGGAGGAUGAAGAGAAAGAUGAGGACGAAAGUGGUGGGGAAGGCGAAAGAGAUUCACUUGUUGCACAGAUUCUUCAGCAAGAGCAACUUGAAGAUAGCGGAAGGGUUCGGAGAGAAAUCGCAUCGAGGGUUCAGAAGCCAGAAGCUAGAGAUGAAUUUCAAAUCUUGAUCAAGCACAGACAGAGUGUUACAGCUGUGGCUCUAUCCGAUGAUGAUUUGAAGGGGUUUUCAUCGUCUAAGGAUGGUACCAUCUUACAUUGGGAUGUAGAUAGUGGGAAAGGGGAAAAAUACCAAUGGCCUAGUGAUGAAGUAUUGAGAUUGCAUGGUGCUAAGGACCCACAAGGUCGGGCUACAAAGCAUAGUAAAGUCAUUUUGUCACUGGCAGUUAGUUCUGAUGGUCGAUAUUUGGCAAGUGGAGGCUUAGACCGCCAUGUGCAUAUAUGGGAUACUCGUACAAGAGAGCAUGUUCAGGCAUUUCCUGGUCAUAGAGGACCUGUUUCUUGUUUGAAAUUCAGGCAAGGGACCUCAGAACUCUUUUCUGGUUCAUAUGAUAGAACUGUCAAGAUAUGGAAUGUAGAGGACAGAGCUUAUAUAAAUACACUCUUUGGUCACCAAAGUGAUGUGUUGACUAUUGAUUGCCUCCGGAAAGAAAGACUGCUUACUGUUGGACGUGACCGGAGUAUGCAAUUAUGGAAGGUUCCAGAGGAGUCCCGUUUAGUAUUUCGUGCACCUGCAUCAUCCUUGGAAUGUUGCUGUUUCAUUAGUAAUGAUGAGUUCUUAUCUGGAUCAGAUGACGGCAGUAUUGAGCUCUGGACUGUAUUGAAAAAGAAGCCUGUUCAUAUUGUACGGAAUGCUCACCCUCUUUCAUUUUCUUGCACGAAUUUGGAGCUAAAGGAUAAUGGAGCCAUCCCCAAUGGUUGUAUGGGAAAUGGGGGUGUCAAUUCUAAUACUUCUCAUAGUUUGUCAGCAUACUCUUGGGUAAGUUCAGUCUCAGUAUGUACAAACAGUGAUCUUGCUGCAUCGGGUGCUGGAAACGGUUCCGUUCGUUUAUGGGCUACCGCAAGUGAUAAAAAAGAUAUUCGACCUUUAUAUGACCUUCCUCUGGUUGGGUUUGUGAACUCCUUGACUUUUGCCAAAUCUGGAAGGUUUCUGGUAGCUGGAGUUGGGCAGGAACCUCGUCUAGGAAGGUGGGGGCGAAUCCCGGCUGCUCGAAAUGGAGUUGCAGUUCAUCCCCUUAAACUCUCAUGAGACUGAACUGAAUAGUUCUAUACCCUAUCCAAUUUUGACUUCUCAGAGUUCUAAAGUGAAAUUGAAAGAGUUCACCCCCCUCCCAUCUGUAUUUACUUAUUUAUGUAUUUUUUUUCACCCACCUACCUAACUUUUACCACCUUUUGGCCAUAGAGACGAUAGUCAGAUUAGAGCAUUCAUAUUUCUUACUGAAAAGGGUGAGUUUGCAAGCUAUUCGGCAUAAACUACUCAACAGAAAUUUUCCAUCUGAGGGGAGAGAUGAAUUGCAAAGAUAGAUUCUGUUUAUAAUCACAUGGGCUAUCCAGAAAUUCCCUGUUGUGAUGUACCUUUUGGGCAGUUCAUUUUCUACUGUUUCCAAUUAAGUUGGUGUACUGAGUUUCAGUGGUCAAAUUCAUCACUUGUACAUCACAAACUGGAGACAAUCUUCAAUGUACCUCUUUUAUUUCGUGAUUUUCAAGGAAAAAUAAAUGAUCAAUUCAUGGAACAUUGAUAUCAUGACGAU